AUGGAGCUCAGCGCGGCGGCGGGACAGAGGGAAGAGCUCUACGCCAAGCAGAGCCGCGGCUCCAAGUACCGGACCGCCGAGGAGCGCGACGCCGUGCUCAAGUCGCAAGUGGAAUCCACCCGCUUGGCGGCCAAGGGGAAAUCGGACACGGCUGCAAGCCUGAAGAGCCAGGCCGUCAAGAUGUUGGAGCAGCUGGACCGGCAGCGGAAGAAGGCGGCCGAGAUGGAGGCCCAGCUGCAGGAGAGGCACCUGCAGUCGCAACGCGUGUCGGCGGACCUGGUGCAGCGGACCGCCGCCCGCAACAGCCUGGCCGAGGAGAGGAAGGAGAAGUGGAGGGUUAUUGAGGGCCUGCAGGACCGCAUUUCUGAGCAGAAGGCCGCGCUGGAGAAGAGCGAGCGUGACCUCCGGUUUGCCAUGCCUCGAAGCGUGGCCUCAGGACUGGACGCCGUAGAAGCUCUCGUCAAGGAGCAGCGCAUCGAGGGGUACUACGGUCCGGUGUACGAGAACUUCGCCCUUAGGGAUCCGGUUCUGGCAACGGCCGUCGAGGUAGCGGCUGGCAACACGAUCUUUAACGUGAUCGUGGACAACGACCACACCGCCGCCAAGCUCAUGCACAUGCUCGAGAGGAGGAAGCUGGGGAGGGUGACGUUCAUGCCCCUCAACAAGCUGGCCACGAGGAUGGCCCCCCGGAAGGAGCUAGGGAACAAGGUCGUGGCUUACCUCAUCGAGGCUGCGAUCAAGUUCAGGCCGGAGGUGAAGCCCGCGAUGGAGCAGAUCUUCGGGAAGAAGCUCCUGGCAAAGGACUUGGAAACUGCCUCAAAAUACUCGGAGCGGAAAGAUUGUGACAUGGACGUGGUGACCAUGAACGGGGAUGAAUUCAACCGCAAGGGUAGCAUCUCCGGCGGGUACCACGACGAGAGGGCCGGGAGGCUGCUCACGCUAGAGAAAAUCCGCGGGCUGAGGAGGGACCUGGACAAGCUGGCGGCGGAGCGGAAGGGCAUGCAAGCCAAGGCGGUGACGAACCUGCUCGGGGAGGUGCAGAAGCUAGAGGCCAAGAGGGCGAGCAUCCGCAACGUGAUGGCUCAGACCAACAAGGACCUGGGGCACAUCAAGAAGGCCACCGUCACCACCGAGGAGAAGCUGCACGAGAAGGAGGAGCUUCUGGAGCAGGUUAGCCGGGAAGCGCAGCAAGAAUCGAACAAAGCGGACGUCCUCCAAGCCGAGAUCGGCACCCCCCUCAUGGCUACUCUCACGGAGGCGGACCAGCGCACGCUUCACGAGCUCAACACUGUCCGCGUGCCGGCCCUGAACGCUCGGCUCAAGACCGAGUUCGACGCUCUGGAGGUGGCCGCCGCCGCACGGACCCGGCUCCUGUCCAUUCUCAACGGGAACCUGCAGAGGCGGAGAGAGGAGGUUCGAGAGCUGCUGGACCCCGAUAGAGGGGGCAUAGGGGGCAGCGCUAGGUCUGGGGAGGCGGAGGAGAGGCUCGAGACUCUCGCGCAACGGCGCGAGGAGCUCUCCAAGGUGGGGAGGUCUCUCGAAGCGCUGCGGGUGGAGCUGGAGGACAUGCAGAAGAUCGCUUCGGAGCGCAGACGAGAGGUUUCGGCGAUCCGGAAGGAAGUGGACAACAUGAAGGCGGAAGAGGCGAGACUGCUGGAGAGACUGGCGGAGGAGUCGAAGACGAUGGACACGAAGAAGCUGAUGAAGAAGCUGAACGCUGCCAACGAGAGUCUCAAGAAGUUCAGCCACGUGAACAAGAAGGCACUGGACCAGUACGUGAGCUUCAGCGAGCAGAGGGAGACCAUCCUCAAGCGGAAGAAGGAGAUCGACGCGGCGCAGACGGCCAUCAAGGAGCUCAUCGAGGGCCUGGACCUGCAGAAGGAUGAGGUGGGUCGUGGUUGUUUGCUGGCCACGGCGAUUCUGCGCACGUUCCGAGGGGUGAGCCAGAACUUCUCGGAAGUGUUUCAAGAGCUAGUGCCCUCGGGAUCGGGUGUGAUGGUCAUCAAGACCAGCGCCGACGCUGCCGCCACCGCCAAGAAGAAGGGUUCGAAGGACGCUGAGGAGGAAGAGGGGGAGGAGGAGGAGGAUGAAGGGGAGGGUGACGAAGAAGCAGGAAACCCCGGGUCCGGCAAGAAAUCUUCAAAAGGGAAAGGGAAAGCGAAGGCCAAGGCACGGGAAGGAGAAGAAGACGGAGCGGGGGCGGAUGAAGAAGAGCCGAACGGCUUGUCGCCAACGACGCUGGUCAGCGACUUCGUCGGCGUCCAGAUAAAGGUGUCGUUCGUGGCCGCGGGCGAAACGUUCCUCAUGUCGCAACUCUCGGGGGGGCAGAAGGCCGUGGUGGCUCUCGCCCUCAUAUUCGCGAUUCAGCGCUGCGACCCCGCCCCCUUUUACCUGUUCGACGAGAUUGACCAGGCACUGGAUAGCUCUUACCGCGCGGCCGUGGCCUCCCUGAUCCAGAGGCAAGCCCACUCGUCGGACAACCCGACGCAGUUCAUCACCACCACGUUCCGCCCGGAGAUGGUGGCUGUCGCAAGCCAGUGCUAUGGAAUCUCCCACCAGAACAAGGUGAGCAACAUCCACGUCCUGCCGCGCCAGGAGGCUUUGGGUUUCGUGGCCAACAUCAUGAACGAAGAAGAGGCCGUCGGGGUGGAGCUGCAGCAGCCCGCGAGUGCCGCGCGCCCAAAGCAGGGAGGAGGGUCACGCCGGGGCAGCAGAGGUGCCGGGGAGGAGGAGGAGGAUGAGGAAGAGGAAAAGGAGGAAGCGGACGAGAUGGACGUUGAGGAAGAGGAGGGCGACGACGAGGAGGAAGAGGAGGAGGAGGAAGAGGAGGCUCGUAGGCCGUCGAUGGAGGGCAAGAGGCGCAGGGUUAGGAGUGGGAGUGGGGGCGAACGGGAGUCUUCGUCGCGAUAGGGGUGCGGCGCAUCAUGGCAUGCGCGCGGCGACGACGAUGAUCAUGACGCUGUUGGCGUGGACAAAUACCUUCGAUAGUUUCAGCCCUCCGGUUGUUCUUGUGUGACGGCAAGGGUACCGUGCGUGAGCUUGUCUCGGGUUCUCGGUAGCGGGAGCCGACCGGAUUCCUUGUUCUUGGUGUUGGACAGGCACUAUUUUUCGAAAGCACAUACUCUGACGAUAGCGGGAUUUGGGUAGACGGAACAGCCAACCGAAUGUUCUGCGUAUGUUCUGUCUCGUUUGUCAGGGAAGCAUAAAGUGGUCGUACGUUGGUAGAGCGGCUGAAUGAAGAGACACAGUUGAGGCGCACGAUGUCCGUCAGAAGACGGCCAUCGUAGAUUGUCUUGGACUUGACUAUUUUCAACGCAAAACAGAGCAAGAGCUUUUUGCUUUCCUAGACGCUCAGCUCAACCCAGGUGCACUCAGAAACACAGGCCUCUCUUGCCCGACAAACGACCGGGAAGCACCCUGUGCGAGAAAUGAAUGGAGGUGAACAUCCCUGUUUCACGCAGAAGAGGAGACGAAAAAACUUGUUGCAUUCCACCAAAAACAUGGCGGAUCCCUGACGCUGUGCACCGAGUUGUCUUGGUUUGUUGCCGUUUUGUUUCCGAGGCCCAAGGAGGGGCCUUUGGACGGGCUCAAAUGGAAGCCCGGGCGCCUGAUUCGGGUUGAUUGCUGUCUUCGUUUCGCGGGAACAACGCGUGAUGCGGAACAGAGGUGCAGAUUGUAUCGACUCAGAGGGGCGCUCUUUUUGCUUGACGAUGAUAGCAUGCGUCGGGCGUCCACUUUGUAGCUUGCGUUCUUUCGUCUUUGGAUGCAGGGUCCCCGCCGGCCUGCCUGCCUGCCUGCCUGCCUGCCUGCCUGCCUGCCGCCUGCCUACAUAUAUAUCACGGUGGGAUUAGGAACUUGCAGUUAUGCACCUGUGGAAGAGACAAGAAGAUUGUGAGGAGGCGAUUGUAGUUUUUCAUCAACGUCUGGUCGGGCGUUUCCAGGCUAGACAGGGGCAGAAGGGCGGGUGCUGCUGCGGCCAGGAGCGGCAUGAUGAGGCUGAGCCACGAGGGUAUGACAAUGCCCUACAAAUAUGAUUUCUCUUUUCUGUACCUUUACACCGAAGGUUGCACCGUAUGUGAUGUAUUCAGGGUGUUAACUCUUCGCGAUGUAUAUUUUUUGGGGCGAUCUUGUCUGGUUGUUUCGUGCUGAAUUUUUUUACUAUUUGUGUGCACAGCAAGUCACACAGAUGGUCCCUUCGUUGUUUCCUCUUGCGUAUUUUGUCUGUAUGGGUAUAGUCUCGUUGCGUGUCCACUAUUUAGCCGCUUUUUGGUUCCGAUACGUCCUCGCUGUCGCAGAAGAAGACCCUCUGUGAAUUGUGUACAAUAGUCCGAGGAAAAUAGAGGAUUGUGACAUCCUGGGGGAUACACGCUUUUUGCUCUCGAAGCGUUUCACACACGUCAUCCGCUGGUGAAACUGAGGCGUGGGGUUUAGGCUAGGGUCAGAGCUGCAUGGUAUUUAGCACCCUCUGGGGGCUGAACACUUGGCAAAAUUUAGCGCUUUCAUUGGUCUUGUCGGCGCCAUAGCGAAUUGGACGUUCUGGCUAUGAACUUGUGGGCUCAAGUUAUUUGGCUGGAAUGGAUUGGAUCAGUCCGGAUCCCCGUGCCUUGGUACAGGAAAUAUUGAGAGGCCCCGGCGGAUACAAACUUUCAAGCUUUGGCCUUCCAGAUUUUGUGACACAUCUUGGGGGAAUAGAAGGAGACAGAGAGACAGAGAAUUCAA